AUAAUGGUAGUAACGAAGUACUAAAAAAGAAAGAAAGUGUAAAUGGACAGUGUGUGGGUGUGCUACUUCCCGAGCUGCACCAUCUUUCCCUGUCGCCAGUGCAAGCUCUCUCCAACGCACCUUCUUCAAUCUUCUACCUCAAUCUCUCUUCUCCGCGUACGUGCUUCUCAAACCACAAGAGCCAUAACAAGGAAAAGUCGAAGGCUGAAAAGCGACGCCGAGAUCCGCAACGAUAUCCGCGAAUUCCUCAAUUCGGUUGGCCUCCCGGAGGAUCACAUUCCCUCCACCAAAGAGCUUCUGCUCCACGGAUGGAAUGACUUGGCAAACAUUGUCAGAAGGAGAGGGCAUAAACAAAUUCAGGAGCUUCGAACAAGAAGCUCAUUGAAUGAUGAUGCUGAUUUUUUGAGUGCUGAAACUAGCUUAGAUGAGGGAUUGGAUGCUGCAAAUGGUUUUGAAGAUCCUUUAACAGGCCAGAGUGAGAAAGUGGACAGUUUGGUUGAUGAUAUUGAAGCUUUGACAGAGAUUCUUCUAGGAAGUAGUUCUGGUAGUUUGUAUGUUGACUCUAGUUCAAGUUUAGGUGAAGGUACUAACAUUGCUGAAGAAGCCUCAACUAAUAUUGUAGAGGAUGGUCUUAGUGAAGUUGAAGAUCAUGCUGAAGUGGUCAACGAUGUGACGGAGGGGAAUUUCUACCCAACUGAAUUGACUAGUGUGGAUAAUGAUUAUGAUAGUUCCAUCAUGCGUACAGAAAUUUCUGGUGAAUUACCGUUUGAGGCAGUGUCUUCUGGAAAUUCUGAGUUUGAGGAUAGUCUAGUAGGCAAAAUGGUGGGAGAGAUAACCUUGUCGUUGACAGAAAGCCAUUCCAACACUUCAUGUAAUGAUUCCAAUCUUGACACUGAAGACAAAGAGUUUAGUCAUUUGGAACCAUUAGUUGGUUUCCCUUUGGAGCAAAAGGACUUGGGUGCAUUAGAAGGUCUGAAUGACAGCAAAGAUGAUAUUGUUGAGGAUGUUACAACAACCUCUGAAGUUUCUGUUAGGGAAAAUUUAUCUGGUGACAACAAACUUGAUUCAGUUGUUCAUUCAGCGGCUGACAGCAAUUCUACAAAUCUUGACACUUUGGCCAACUUGUCUUUGAAGGAAAAGGUUGCAAAUUUUAUUCAGAAUGGAGAUUUGGAUCCAGUUGAAGGUACCCAUCUUCCUGAAGAUAAUAAUGUCAUGGCUCAUGGGAACUCAUUGACAUCCAAGCAAGUUGUUCCAUCUGGAGCAUUGGAUUUGGAUCAGCCUCUUUGGGAUGAUCACUUGCCACACGAAGAUGUAACUACUCAUUUCAACAAGGACUUGGAUACUGAGGCUCCAAAAGUGCCAAACGAAAUUGAGAUAAAUCAUCUCAAGUUCAUGCUGUAUCAGAAGGAGUCGGAACUGUCUUGGCUGAAGGAACAGAUUGACAAGAAAAAGCUUGCUUUGUCUGUCUUGCAAACCAAGGCAGAGGCAGAAAUCAGCAAAGCCAGAAAACUUAUAUCUGAAAAAGAUGCAGAGUUACACGUUGCUGAAGGAAGUCUUUCAGAACUCAAGGAGGUUCAGAUUGAGUUCUGUGGUGAUGGUGAUGUUGUGGAGCUGGCUGGUAGCUUCAACGGUUGGCAUCACCGAAUAGAACUGGAUCCUCAACAAUCAACUAGUGCUUUAGACCUUGAUGGAUCAAGGAGUUCCAGAUGUUGGUCAACGAUGUUGUGGCUUUAUCCUGGUGUAUAUGAGAUCAAAUUUGUCGUUGAUGGCAAAUGGAUAACAGAUCCUCAACGGGAGUCAGUAACAAGGGGUCACAUACGUAACAACAUUUUAAGAGUAGAUAGAUGAUGCACUCUGGUUCAGGUCUCAAUUGCUAGAUGUAUAUAAAAUGGGUACAUAAAAAUCGAAGAAAAUGGUUUACUACGGAUUUCUAAUAAAAUCACGUUUGACAGCAAUAUGGAAAGGAGGGGAGAAGAAAGCAUGCAAGAAUGAGCAGAAUCUAAAUGAAUGUCUUUUACUACCGUCAUGUUUGUACAUUUGGGUAUUUUUUUUGGUCAAAGUACAUUUGGGUCUGAAACUAGAGAUCAUGACAUCAUCUGGGACUGUGCAAGAGUUAAUUAGAAAUUAGGAAUUUAGGGUGGGAUGGUGCAGAGGGAUUUGGGUAGUCCUUAAGAGGUUGUAGCUUCAGACCAUGCUAUUAUCAAUCAGGGGAGAAUUGUAGCCUCCUUCGUUUUGGUAUUCCUCAUCUCUUGUUUCUGUUAUUCGGUUCUUCGGUUAUUCUUUUGGUGGUCUUUAUUGUCAAAGCCACUCACAAGAACCGGGAUAAAAGUUCGUUUUCACUUACUGGACUUGAAUGAGAUUCUCUUUCACUUCCAA